CCGCCUGGUGCAGAGCGCUCAGCACUGCGAGCGGCGCUGCCAUUUAAAGGGGCCGCGACCCCUAUCCCGGCUGCUAGGGAGGGAGGUGGAGAAGGAGCGCGGGGCCGUCGCUGUCUGCAGUUCUAGGCUUGUAGCCUUUACUCUAACCCUGCCUCAGCCCAUAUCCAGCCAUCCUCAUGGACCCCAGUGAUUUCCCUAGUCCAUUUGACCCAUUGACCCUGCCAGAGAAGCCCCUGGCUGGAGACCUUCCAGUAGACAUGGAAUUUGGAGAGGAUCUGCUGGAAUCCCAGACUGCCCCAACUCAAGGCUGGGCGCCCUCUGGUCCGUCUCCAUCCUCAGGGGCCCUGGACCUGCUUGAUACCCCUUCUGGCCUGGAAAAAGACCCUGGAGUAGUCCUGGAUGGAGCCACUGAGCUGUUGGGGCUGGGGGGGCUGCUCUAUAAAGCCCCCUCGCCCCCAGAGGUGGACCAUGGUCCACAGGGGACUCUUGCCUGGGAUUCGGGGGAGCAGACCCUAGACCCUGGACCAGGGGGCCAGACUCCUGAGGUUGUGCCACCUGAUCCAGGGGCUGGGGUAAAUCCCUCUUCACCAGAGGGACUACUAGAGCCUUUGGCUCCUGAUUCUCCAAUAACCUUGCAGUCCUCCCAUAUUGAAGAGGAGACACCUUCUAUAGUUACAAGGAGAAGGGGCUCCUCUGGGCAGGAGGAGGAGCAUCCUCAAGGGCAGCCACAGAGCCCAAAUGCCCCCCCUAGCCCUUCUGUGGGAGAGACUCUGGGGGAUGGAAUCAACAGUUCUCAGACCAAACCUGGGGGCUCUAACCCCACUGCACAUCCUUCCUUGCCUGGAGAUGGUCUGACUGGGAAGGAGAGUGAGAAGCCGCCAGAGAGGGUACAGAAGAGAAGCGAGCGCGUUAGGAGAGCAGAGCCUCCAAAACCUGAAGUUGUGGAUUCCACUGAGAGCAUUCCAGUGUCAGAUGAUGAUUCUGAUGCCAUGGUAGAUGAUCCAAAUGAUGAAGACUUUGUCCCAUUCCGGCCCCGGCGCUCUACCCGCAUGUCCUUGCGUUCAAGUAUGUCACAAAGGGCCGGGCGCUCUUCUGUGGCCACCAAGAUGACUUGUGCACAUUGCCGGACACCGCUGCAGAAGGGGCAGACAGCCUAUCAGCGCAAGGGGCUGCCUCAGCUGUUCUGCUCUUCAUCUUGUCUCACCACUUUUGCCAGGAGGCCCUUGGGCAGAAAGACCUGUACCUUCUGCAAGAAGGACAUAUGGAACACCAAGGAAUCAGUUAUGGCACAGACUGGUUCAGGAGGCUCCUUCCAUGAGUUCUGCACAUCUGUCUGUCUCUCCCUGUAUGAGGCCCAGCAGCAGCGUCCUAUCCCCCAGUCUGGGGAUCCUACUGAUGCCACUCGCUGCAGCAUAUGCCAGAAGACUGGAGAGGUCCUACAUGAGGUCAGCAAUGGCAGCGUGGUGCACCGGCUCUGCAGCGACACUUGCUUCUCCAAAUUCCGGGCCAACAAAGGACUGAAAACCAACUGUUGUGACCAGUGUGGGGCUUACAUCUACACCAAGACAGGGAGCACUGGUCCUGAGCUCCUCUUUCAUGAUGGCCAACAGAAGCGGUUCUGCAACACAACAUGCUUGGGGGCGUACAAGAAGAAAAAUACACGUGUGUACCCAUGUGUUUGGUGCAAGACCCUGUGUAAGAACUUUGAGAUGCUAUCACAUGUGGAUCGUAAUGGCAAGACCAGCUUGUUUUGCUCCUUGUGCUGUACCACUUCUUACAAAGUGAAGCAGGCAGGGCUCACUGGCCCUCCCCGACCCUGCAGCUUCUGCCGCCGCAGCCUCUCUGACCCCUGUUACUACAACAAGGUUGACCGCACAGUGUACCAGUUCUGCAGCCCCAGCUGCUGGACCAAGUUCCAGAGAACAAGCCCUGAGGGGGGCAUUCACUUGAACUGUCACUACUGUCAUAGCCUCUUCAGUGGCAAGCCUGAGGUCUUGGACUGGCAGGACCAGGUGUUCCAGUUUUGCUGCCGUGAUUGCUGUGAGGAUUUUAAGCGGCUCCGGGGUGUGGUGUCCCAGUGUGAGCACUGCCGGCAGGAGAAACUCCUGCAUGAGAAGCUCCGAUUCAGUGGGGUGGAGAAGAGUUUCUGCAGCGAAGGCUGCGUGUUGCUGUACAAACAAGAUUUCACCAAGAAGUUGGGUUUAUGCUGUAUCACUUGUACUUACUGCUCCCAAACCUGCCAGCGUGGAGUCGCUGAACAACUGGAUGGCAGCACCUGGGAUUUUUGCAGUGAGGACUGUAAGAGCAAGUACCUGCUAUGGUACUGCAAGGCUGCCAGAUGCCAUGCCUGUAAGCGCCAGGGGAAGCUGCUGGAGACCAUCCAUUGGCGUGGACAGAUCCGUCAUUUCUGCAAUCAACAGUGCCUGCUGCGCUUUUAUAGCCAGCAGAAUCAACCCAACCUGGAUACACAGAGUGGACCAGAGAGCCUCCUGAACAGUCAGUCUUCUGAGUCAAAGCCUCAGACACCCUCUCAAGCCAAAGUGGAAAACAGCAACACAGUGAGGACCCCAGAGGAGAAUGGAAAUUUGGGCAAGGUCCCUGUGAAGACUCGAUCAGCUCCAAGUGCUCCUACCCCUCCACCCCCACCACCCCCAGCAACACCUCGGAAAAACAAAGCUGCCAUGUGUAAACCUCUAAUGCAGAACCGAGGUGUCUCAUGCAAGGUAGAAAUGAAGUCCAAAGGGAGUCAGACAGAGGAGUGGAAGCCACAGGUGAUUGUGCUGCCCAUCCCAGUGCCCAUAUUUGUGCCCGUGCCUAUGCAUUUGUAUUGCCAGAAAGUCCCGGUGCCUUUCACAAUGCCUAUCCCGGUGCCUGUGCCCAUUUUCUUGCCCACUACUUUGGAGAGCACAGACAAGAUUGUGGAGACAAUUGAGGAGCUGAAGGUGAAGAUCCCUUCCAACCCCUUGGAGGCUGACAUCCUGGCUAUGGCAGAAAUGAUUGCAGAGGCUGAGGAGUUAGACAAGGCCUCAUCUGAUCUCUGUGAUCUUGUGAGCAAUCAGAGUGCAGAGGGACUUCUGGAAGACUGUGACCUGUUUGGGCCAGCCCGAGAUGAUGUUCUGGCCAUGGCUGUCAAGAUGGCCAAUGUGUUAGAUGAGCCUGGGCAAGACUUGGAGGCAGAUUUCCCCAAGAAUCCUUUGGAUAUCAAUCCAAGUGUAGAUUUCCUCUUUGAUUGUGGCCUGGUAGGGCCUGAGGAUGUGUCUACUGAACAGGACCUCCCCCGAACUAUGAGGAAGGGUCAAAAGAGGCUGAUGCUUUCUGAAAGCUGUUCUAGGGACUCUAUGAGCAGCCAGCCUAGCUGUACUGGUCUCAACUAUUCAUAUGGUGUCAAUGCUUGGAAGUGCUGGGUGCAGUCAAAAUAUGCCAAUGGAGAAACCAGCAAGGGUGAUGAACUGCGCUUUGGCCCCAAACCUAUGCGUAUCAAAGAAGAUAUUCUCGCCUGUUCAGCUGCUGAGCUUAACUAUGGUCUGGCCCAGUUUGUGAGAGAAAUUACUCGACCCAAUGGUGAAAGAUAUGAACCUGACAGUAUCUACUAUUUGUGUCUUGGCAUCCAGCAGUACUUGCUGGAAAAUAACAGAAUGGUGAACAUUUUCACGGACCUCUACUACCUGACUUUUGUUCAAGAACUCAACAAAUCCCUGAGUACCUGGCAGCCCACACUCCUCCCCAACAAUACUGUAUUCUCCCGAGUGGAGGAAGAACACCUCUGGGAGUGCAAGCAGCUGGGGGUCUACUCACCCUUUGUCCUUCUUAAUACCCUCAUGUUCUUCAACACUAAGUUUUUUGGGCUCCAGACAGCUGAAGAACACAUGCAACUCUCUUUCAGUAAUGUGGUACGGCAGUCCCGCAAGUGUACCACCCCUCGGGGAACCACCAAAGUAGUGAGCAUCCGCUACUAUGCUCCAGUCCGCCAGAGGAAAGGGCGAGACACAGGUCCUGGGAAACGGAAGAGAGAAGAUGAAGCCCCUAUUUUAGAGCAGCGUGAGAAUCGUAUGAAUCCUCUCCGCUGCCCCGUCAAGUUCUAUGAAUUCUAUCUAUCAAAAUGUCCUGAAAGUCUCCGGACUCGGAACGAUGUUUUCUACCUGCAACCUGAGCGGUCCUGCAUUGCCGAAUCGCCUCUCUGGUACUCUGUGAUUCCUAUGGACAGGAGCAUGUUGGAAAGCAUGCUCAAUCGCAUUCUGGCUGUACGUGAGAUUUAUGAAGAACUGGGUCGUCCUGGAGAGGAGGACCUGGACUAAGCUCAUGUGCUACACUUAUCCAUCUUCCACAUUAAAUGUUUGUCCUACAGUGUGACUGGCCCAGGAACCAACGCUACUCAUUCUGAAAGGCCCUGAAUACCUUUCUAUCACCCAUUCCCUGCCUUCCCUAGGAACCCCUGCCUUUAACCUUCUAUACCACUUGACAACAUGGGGCCCCAAUUUUCUGUACUCAGGGGCUAGUCCCCCAGUGUUGGGCACAACCCACCUAGCCUAUUUUCUUUGUUUCACAAUAAACCCUUUCUGCGAGGGCCACACUGUGGUGGAGUGUUAAUAGCGCUGGUGAUCCUGUUGGCUUUGGGUUUCCUGACCUAUUUAUGUAGGUGAAGCCCCUUGUUCCUAGGCGUGACCUAGGGAAGAACCCAGCUGCCUUCUCUGCCCUGUACCCACUCUCUCUCCCCUGUUCCCCAGUACCAUGUCUUGUCUGAGAGGUUUGAAAAAAAAAUGAUCAAAUAAUGAGGGGACCAUUUACCUAAAGCACAGAGCUCAGACACUUAUUCCUCCUGAGAUAAUUGGUUGUUGGCACCCUUUCACCAUGUAUCCCACCCCAGCAAGCACCACCCCUUGGUGCUAUAGUUUCUGAAUGGUUCCAGAUGCUUUCUUCUCCUCAAAAGUAGAGAAUUACUCUGAGUAUGGGGAGCAGACUCCUGUUGUGCAGCCAGCCUCCUGUCCCCUUGGUUUAUGUGUUUGUCUUUUCUCUGCCAUCCUAGGUUGGCAUGAGCCAUGGUGUCAUCAUGCUUAGGCCCUUCUGUAACUGCCUCCCUUUAGUUAAAUCAACAAAGUUCCCAAGGCAACAACUACCUUCUGGCUUGGGGCUAGUUUCCCCACUCUUGUUCUCCCCCUAUCACAAGACAGGCCAAGCUUGUAGGGGCCUGGGUUAUACAGGAUACAGACUGGUCAGAAGGUCAGUAAAGAGCUAUGAGUGUGGGUCCUGCCCCUACUGCUUACAUCUUUUUUCCCCCAUCUUGCCUUUGUGGACCCAAAAACUACUAGUGUCUGGCAAAGUGGGUACCCAGUUCUUUCCCUGUUGGCUUUGCUAUUCCCCAGCCUCCUUUUUGUGUUUUUAUAACUGUCACCAGUUUAGCCACUGUUUAAACUGUAUAUAUUGUUCUGAGGUGCCUGGCCUGCCUAUUCCUUCAGUGAGCCAUGCCCACCCUUGUGUUUUAGUGAGAAGCUGUUGUCACAACUAACCUUCUGUCUCUGGAAUUGUUUGUUUCAAAUAAAGAGUUAAAAUUGU